AUGACUGAAUCAAAACCAAUUCCAACAAAUAUCACAAUUAAAUCCGAAGGAAUUGAUCCAUAUAAGUUCAUGAUAGCGGAUCUUAACCCUGUGAUACUUGCGGAAUCCAUUCAAAACGAUCCAGCUUUAUGUUGGUUCACAAACUGCAGUAUAGCGACCAAGUCCGGCGUAGUCACAACAAACUCAAAUCUGAAAAUCGAUCUCGAGAAUGAUAUCUUAAAUGCAACACUUAUUGUCAACAAUUUCAGCGAACUUGACGCAUUAAAUCACGCACAACAAUUUGCUCGUAUCGUAUUUUCACUAACAACUUCCAGAAAUUGCAGCGAUUGCAGACAAUCUGUAAUAGGUUGGCUUUUACAAAAUUAUUCAAAAGAUUAUAAGAAUUUACCAUUGCCUGGUGAGAUUUCUGGCAUCUAUCCAUCAAGAUAUUUGACCCCUUUGACAAAAGAGCUCAUUAAAACAUUCGAUCUCGCUCCAAAUCAACCAACCAUCGCAGAACGCCUCGAAGGCAUUCAUUUGAAGUUCGCCUUGACAACAGCUGAAGGCAAAGAAUACAUAAUCAAUGCUUCUCAGACCGGUUUUUAUGUUGAAAAAGAUAAAAUCUUCAAAUCUUUGCAUUUACUUGUUAUUUCUCUUUCUCGUACGUUCAGAGAUCAUUACAUAUCAGUUUCCAAGCGUUGGUGCGAACUUUUCCCUCUUGAAAGGCACGGAUUUCAUAAUUUUAUUGAUGGCCACAAGAUUUACAACAAUUCCAACGAAACCGAUAGCGACCACAACAUACUACUUAGGUUAUUCGACCAAGAAGAUGGCUCUAUCCUUGGAAAUAUCGAUGAUAUCAUUGAUUCUCUUCCAAAUGACAAUUUUCAUGAUGUUUACGUCGGAAAAGUUGAACAGGCAUUCAUCAAAAACACUAUUAAUGGCAUUAUCAACAUCAAACGUGGCUUAAUUCCACCAAUGAACGAUCUUGGAUCAUAUUCUUACCACGAUCUCUUUAUUGCACCACUUUAUGCACUCGCGCCAUUAUACGAGAACAAGGGAGGUGCAGAUGCUGCUCACAGAACGUUCUCUCAUAACAUUGAUACAUAUCCACUCAUAAAAGCACUCAGUAAUGGCUACAAAGUAUCUAAAACGAUGAUUGUUGACUAUUUUAACGAGCGUUGGGUUGUCCAAUGCCUUGUUCCUGGCUUACUUUACAGAAAAGCUCAAGUUGUACAAGGAUAUGAUAUCGAAGACCACUCAAUUUACAGAUUUAGCGAUGAAUUCGAUGGUUUCUUCAAAGAACUUGCUGAAAAGAUCGGAGUUGCCCCUUCAUCUGUAAAAAGUGCAAAUGAUCGCAAAAUUUAUACUUGUUCUGACUGCUCAGGCAUCAUCGGAUCAGACGGAAACAAGUACAUCGCAGAUUUCCACGUAGCAACCCCUCGUGACUAUAAUUUCCCAGACCCUGUUAAGGACCACGGAAAGAUUAUUAAACGAGAAGCGGUUUCUCAAUUUGAAGAAUUCAAAACUUUACAAAAGAACGAUGAAGAGCUUGUUAAGCUUGGCGGAGACAGAGAGAAAAUGUACAGAGGAACAGGCGAAGAACUCAACAAGAGGAAAGCAGCGAUUUUGGACAAAAUUGAAAGAAUUUUAUUCGAUGUCAACGCUUUGACUGUUGAUUCCAAUGCUAAAGAGGUCCCUCAGAACAUAAUUGAACUCGCUUCAUUCUUAAAGACACAUUUGAUUCCACUUUUCAUCGAAGAUUUUGUUCAAACAAAUGGUUUCGUUUCAAACGGAACUUCAAUUGUUAAUGAGAUGCACAGGCGUGGUAUUAAUGCUAGGUAUCUCGGUGAAGUUGCUAAACACGUCAAAAACACAAUUUUUGAAAAACAGAAAAUUGAAAAAGAAAAAACCGAAAAGGGAACUUCCUCUCCAAAAAGUGACACUGAAAAUUCUGAGGAAACUCAGGAAAUCCAGACAAAUUCAGACGAAAUUGACUUGUUAAAGGCAUCUUUGAUCAUCAUUGAAGCGGAGAUGAUCAUCAGAUCCAUCAAAUACCUUCAUAGACAUGAAAGUACUGAUAUCCAAACUUUAAUUACUACAAUCAACAGAAUUACUAACACUGCAGGUACAGAAGAGAAUGUAGCAGCUAUCAGAGAAAAGAUUAAGCAGAUCUGCCUUGAAAAAUACAAUUAUGAAUUAAAUGAUUUCCCUGCCAGCGCCAAGAAUCUUAUUUUGAGUGGCGUAUUAUCUUCAUUUAGUGUCAAAGUUGUACCUCGCGCAUCAGUUGACAAGCUUUGCUUUGAUCAUGUCGUUGAUGUUGAGCCAUUAAUCAAAUUCAGCUUUUCCAAGUCAGCAGUUGCCGAAAGGAUGGUAAAUAUUGGCACUUCUCUCUAUACAGCUGGUGAUUUAUCAUCUUCUUUGAACAUUUUCCAGACAAUUGCAAAAGAUUCCAAAGAUAUCUUCGACAAAACAAUGGCUACGACACUGUUUUACAUUGCAUUGAUAAAGAUGCAGACAAAAGAAUACCAGGCAAGCUUCGAUAUGAUUACAAAAUCCUUAAUAAUCAGUGAACAUUAUUAUGACCAGUUUGAUCCAGAAAUUAUCAUCAGAUACUCCAUCCUCCGUGAAUUGGCAUCAAUGCUCGGCAUGAAAACGCUCAGUUACGUUCUCGCAGUUCGAGUUUUGAGUUUGGUCGAAUUAUUCUAUCCGUUCCAUCCUUCCUGCAUCAAUGCUUCGUUGAUUGCAUCAGAUCUUGCAGCACAGAUCGAUCCAAAGGUCAGCCAGACAAUUCUACAGAAGGCAAUCGAGAAUUUUGACAAAUUCUGUGUAAACAAGAAGAAUUUGUCCUAUUUACACGCGAGAAUGGCCAUGAUUUACAUAAACAGUUCGAAUGUCCCUUACGCGCUGUCUGAAAUAAAGAUUGCGAACGAAUUAGACCCAGAGAACGAGAAACACAAACAGUUACUCGUUGGGAUAGAGGAAUUGGCUCAGAACAUGCCUCAGCAAUCAAAUAAGAAUAAUAGAAAAUAA